UAACACUUUGUGUUGCAUGUGUUUGCAUGUUUAGUGUGUGUGUCAUGUUGCUUCCCCUGCUUAGGUUAAAUUCUAAUGAGUGACUACUAAAUAUUAAUCCUUUAAAUACAUGAAUGCAUGUGUAUGACUGACCACAUUAUUUAUGUAUUGUUUUAAGAAAGUCUGUUUCACUACAUAAGACUGAGAUAAGCAGGUGAAGUAAAAGAUUGGUGUCUUUACUUACUAACACAAGUUUUUGUAUUUUGCCAAAAAUAUAAAAUAUAAAUGACUGAACAUACUUUUUCUGUUGUAGCGCCAUUAACUAAACUGAAAAGCUCACAAGAAGACGUCCUGCCAGCUGUAAAGAGACCUGUGCCCCUUCCUCAUGAGCUGAGGUUUCUGAUGCCAACAACAGCAGGUCUUCAGCCAACAAAGACGACUCUAACAGUUCCAGUGUCAGAGGCACUUGUGAUUACUCCUGGUACGUCUGCAGAGCCCAGUCAUCCGGCGUUGCAGCCAAUAACUGCACAGAGAGCUCAAAGUCAGCCAGUACCCAGGCCAUCAAGGGUCCCCAGCAUUCCUCCUCCACAGCUUCCUGGCUCUGACCAGGAUAUCAGUCAGUGGAACUGUUCUCAGCAGCAGAGGAUCUGGAUGAAGACAGAGCUGGAAUUGAUGGGCCUAUGGCCGGGCUUCAUUCCUGUGCGCAAGCUCAUGAAGAUGGUGUCAUUGUGGCGUUUCCCUCCCCAGCCAGAAUUAAUUGACAGCAUCUCUGAUCUUCCAUCCCCAAAGUACUUUCAGCUCCAUCCCUUUUUUAUAUGGAAGCCAGAGAAUGACUUAAUGGCCAGGCUGAGGAACAACGACACUCUGCCAUGCAUUGAAGGGUGUGCUCAGGCCCAAAUUGUCUCUGCAGGUGUUGGUAGACCACGUGUGAUUGUUGGCAUCACUGGACAGUACUACCUUUUUUCCUCCAGGCUGUGCUGUAAGGUUUGCCGGAAGAGGUGGUAUGCUGACAACGCAGUGUGGCUGGAAAAACUUCCAAAGAGGUUCACAAACCUGUUGCCGGCAAUACUGACCUAUAAGAAGGCCAUCUGUAAAUCCGUAAUGGACGAGCUCAGGCGCACAGGUAACUCACCCACUGACAUGGCAAAGCAGAUCAUGGAGAUGAUGCACCUGAAAUAUGAACGUGCUCACCUGGCCUUCCUGCUCACCUGCCAGAACGUCAUGGAUGGUGAGGCAGGAAAGUAUGACCUUAGAACCAUCACUCAGUUCAUAAGACAGGAAACCAAGCCAGCUGCCUUUGGAGAGUAUGGGGAUUCAGGUGGCUGGAACGGGAUCUCUGUGUCUGCACACUACCUAACUGACUGCCUACUGCAUGAGUACCAACACCAGGAGGGUGCUAUCACAAAGCUUCUUCAGAGCACAUUUGGACAGGCUUUCCGCUCAGACCACACACGGAAAGUUGCUAGGAAGGUCACCUUUUCAUCUGGGACCAUGUCAUCAUAUGCAGUCACUGGAUGAUCCUUUCAUGGGUGAUGGUGCAGUCUGAUACAGA